AUGUCGCAACAGCAAUACUACCAACAGCAACAGAAUCAGUACCAACCUCCCUAUGGAGCUCCUCCUCCCCAGCAGUACGGUAACGCUCAAUAUGGCCAGAACCAGUAUCAAUACCACCAGCCUCAGUAUGCUCAACAACCAAUGUAUGUCCAACAACCUGCUCCGCAAAAAGAUAACGGCUGCGGUGCCGGUGCCUGUGGAUGUUAUGGAGCAUGUCUGGCUGCUCUGUGUGUCUGUUGUGCUGCCGAUGCUUUGUUUUAG